UGUAACAUGACAUGAGUAGUUGUUUUCUAGUCGAGUGAGAAACAGUGCCCCGUUCAAAAUUUCAAUAAUCAAUAAACCACCUUCUGAAAUGAAAUUUAUGCUCGGAGCAUUAGUAAUUUUGGCUUUCGUAGCACUGGUUCACUGCACCUGUAACAUUGGUUUUGGGAAACGGGAGAGAAACGAUCUUGAAUUAAUAUCCCUCCAAGCCCGAUCAGGGCCCGUUCAGACACCUCAAAAUCUGACGCUGUUUUUCGACUACGAAACUGAUCCCACGCGGAAUGAAGAGAUCACACUAUACCACGUGUAUGGAUCCGUUUCGAAUUGCAGCUUCAGACUGAGCCCUUCGAACUCUAGAAGAGCAUUUCGGGUGGAACUAACCACCGUUCAGCCGGUUGUGGAGCUGCAUGGAAAUGUGACCGUCUAUGGAUUCCGAUGGGGGUAAAUGAAGUGGCUUCCGUAAUGUAUGUUUAACAUGCAUGAAAAUGUGUGAUGCUUCAAAUAAAAACAUCUUUUUUCAU